AUGCAUGCAGCCUUGCGAAAUCUCGAAGUGAUACACGUCGUUAGCUCACAUACAGAACACGGAACCCUACCUGCACUUGCAUCCGCGUGCCGCGCAUUCCAGAGCCCAGCACUCAAUGUCCUCUGGAGGGAUUUACACUCCGUGGAUCCGCUCUUGAGAUGUUUACCAGCAGACCUGUUUGGCUUCGAUCGCGGAUGUACGGCAUUGCAGAAACCUCUUGACAACAAGAUGUGGGAUACUCUAUUCAAAUAUACAUUCCGCGUCCGCUCUAUCACUGCAAAACAAACAAGCUACCCCUCGGCAAUUAUCGGAUCCCUCAGCGUGAUAAUGCUGUCUUAUCCGUCAGCAUCCGCGCCCUUGUUUCCAAACCUUCGCGAAUUAACAUGGUAUGCUGGUGGAUCUCACUUCGCCGCAGAGUUCCUGCGCAUGACUCUUGUACCCUCCCUACGGGUCUUGACCUUGCGGUUUACCUCAGCUUCCUCCGCUUUCCUCUCCGUCCUUUCGUCUCUUGGGACCUUGUGCCCUCACCUCCAAAGCAUGACAUUGAGAUAUCGCCCUGCAACGGAAGACUUGUCCAGUAAACUUUCCCCUUUCAUCGCACAGUCUAUUUCCCAGCUUCGCAAUCUCCACACGCUGAUGCUGUGGGACCUAGCAAAUCCAGGCAUGGAUCACAUCAUGCAGCUUCAAGUCCUGCGGACGCUGGACUUGGACCUAAGGACAUCGUCAGUCGGGGAGAGGCAGUCGCUUUUGCCAUUCCCUGGCUUUCAUCAUUUGCAUUAUUUGUGCCUUAGAUGUGGUGCAUUUGAGCGAGCCGCGGAGCUCUUGAGUUCACUCCAGGUUAUCAGAAGCAAAGAAAUCAAGAUCGCCUUCACAUCCUGGAUUGCGGAAUCCUCCGAAAGUCCAUCUGCGUCACUAUCGCAGUUCCUUGCCAUCCUCCCAGAGAUAUGCGACACCAAGGAACUUCAGCGUUUCAGCCUGAUAGGAUCGAGAGUCAUCAUCAUGCACACAGAAUUAGCCGUCUUCGCGCCAUUGCGCGCAUUUCGCAAUUUAACCGUGCUACAGAUUGAGAGGGGGUGUUCCACCUCUAUUUCGGAUGGGGAGCUGUGCCAGAUGGUAGCAGCCUGGCCUAUGCUUCAAGUACUCAAAAUUAGCUGCUAUAUUGCAAUCGAUACUACCGCAGUGCCAACGUUCUGCGGGCUGCUAGGCGUGCUUCGACUCUGCCCCUCUCUAACUUCGCUCGCUCUUGCCAUUGAUACCACGAAGCUGGAAGGCAUCAAUCUCAGAAGCCCCGGCGGUGAAAACCUUAACGCGCAUCUCAAUGACCUCACCCUCGGCAAUUCAUUGAUAGCUUCCCCGCUAAACGUAGCUCUCAUCCUCAGCGGUAUCUUUCCCUGCCUCGAGCAGGUCGAUCUUGAUUGUUGGAACACAGCUCCGAUGAAUCUCUUAUUUUCAGCAGACGACAAGAAUUCAGCGAUGGAGAAGUGGGCGUCCGUGAAUAGCCUUCUUGAUGGUUUUAGCGUAGUAAGAGAGCGUGUUGCAACUUCAUGA